CUCAUAUCACUGAUAGUCUUGUCCUUGUGGAGACAUAAAAAGCUGGCAUGCACCUCUGUGGAAGAAGUCACUUCUUUAUGACACCUUCAUAGUUAUAAGGAACACACCACAGAGAUCUUAUAGACACCAGUUAUUAGCAUGUAAGCUAUUGCCUGGCAGUGAAUGAAUCAUGGAGGAGACCAGCGUCACCAUCUUCGUCACGGUUCAGAAGAUCUACUACCCACUGCUUUGCAUCAUGGGUAUUCCAGCCAACCUCUUCACAUUCUACAUGAUCCGCUUCCGCAAAUGCGGGAUGUCCGACACAGCCAUCAUAUACCUAAGCUGUCUAGCUAUUGUGGACACCUUCUACCUGGUGUGGGUGAUCCUUAUUGACCUGACUCUCACCUUCUGGCUGCUGCAGCCCUUCUGGCACUCCCACCCCUGGUGUAGCAUCCUGGGAUUCCUGCAGUAUGGAUCUCUCUACAGUUCUUCCUGGAUCGUCGUGAUGUUUACCAUCGAGCGCUACCUCGUCCUCCGCAUCACGGCUGCCAAGCAGCACUUCUCCCAGGCUCGGGUCACUAAACUGAUCUGUGUGGCCAUCGUUGUGGUAUCUCACGUGGUCUCUGUGCCACUGGGCUGGAUCAACAUUGUCAGUCCUGUCACCUUUAAGGUAGACGGGGAGGAUGUGACACUUCCCAGGUGUCAUUAUCGUAAUGAGACCUACUCCACUGUUAUAGUGUGGAUAACCACCUUCCUCUCAGGGGGAAUACCCAUUGUGCUGGUCAUUAUCUUCAACUACCUCAUUGGGUGUCAUCUGUGCCGCGCCAGCAACCUCUUCACCAAGGAGGAACGUCGCGUCAUGCAUGGAAGGAACACUAGAGGCAUGUUGAGGAGGACCAUCCUGCUGCUAGGCACUGUCUCUGUGGUUUUCGUCGUGCUCAGCCUCCCCCGCUUUGUCACAUACUGCAUCCUGAGGACCAAGUACAACAACGAGACUUUCAACAGAAAUGACUACAGCAUCCCCAUCAAUGUGGCUGGCGACUUGGCUAACAUGCUGCAGAACCUUAACUCCACAACUAACUUCCUGCUCUACUGCAUGGUCAGCCGGCGCUUCCGGCAGGAGCUAGUCCAGGUGGUGACUUGUAAGGUGAGGGCACGUGAACUGGGCUCUGUCUUAACCCACACGACCAUGAAAGUCUUCUCAGUUGCAGAUCGUAAGGCCUCGCCAUUCAGUGAUCCUGUGUCUGUGGUGCUAACCAAUCUCAAACAAACUGAGUAGAAAGGAACUGGAAGAGUGGACAAAGCUCAGACUCUCAAAAUAAUUAUCCUUUAAAGCUGAAAGUUCAGCAUGACCUUGGAAAAGGUAGUUUUACAAAAUAGACUUAACUCAAGGUCCACUUCGCAUAGAAAAAGCAAGUGGUCCAUGAAUUAAAAUUAUUUUGUCAAAUUAUCCUUAAAUUUUUGUUUUUUUUAAGCCACCCUAGCAGUGUGGCUCUCGAGAUGUCAAUGUCAGUUGGAUGUUCUGUCAGCCUGUCUGUUGGUCAGUACACCACUUUGGUCCUGACUGCAAUAGCUCAACAAUAUGUGGGUGGGACGGUGGUGGCCUGAAGGUAAGAGAAGUGAGCUUGUGACCGGAAUUGUGCGAAUGUGAUCAGGGUGUUCCUGCAAAAGAGAGGCUUCCUCUUAGUGAAACUUCCCUGAAUAAAUAUAGGUUAAAAAACAACAACAAUUAAAUUGAUUUCCAUUAGAUCUUAACAAGCAUGUGUGGUCUCCAGAGGACGGAUCCUAAUGACUUUGGUAAUCCCCUGAUUUUUCCUCUAGUGCCACCAUCAGGUCAAAAUUAUUCCUCAUCCAGUGAAAUAUCUCAACAUCUAGAUAAGGUGGCCCAAAAUUUGGUAACGGAGAACAGGGUAAAUAAAGCCGGUGGGUAAAAUGAGCCACCCCUUUUAUCUAGGUAACCAUAAGCAAAAGUAAUCAUAUGACCACAAAU